AUGACUUCCGCUCCCGCUAUAUUUCAUGGCCCGACCGAGCCUGCGCUCUGGCACAAGACGCUGGGCGAGCUCAUCGACCUGCAAGAAGCGCAUUACGGUUCCAGGGAGGCGGUUGUUGUGCCGUGGCAGUCCGCCCGGCUUAGCUACCGCCAACUGGCUGAGAGAAGCCGGGUGCUCGCCCAGGCGAUGCUCAACAUGGGGUUGCAUCCAGGAGACUGCGUAGGCAUCAUGGCGGGCAACUGUUACCAAUACAUCGAAGUCUUUCUUGGUAGUGGUCGCAUUGGCUGUCCCGUGGUGGUCUUGAACAAUACAUAUACCCCCGCAGAAUUGACCAGCGCAGUCCACCAGAGCUCAUGCAAACUCGUCUUCAUCACCGCGAGCAUCAGCAAAAGAACCCUUUCAGACCACAUUCAGGCUCUUCGAGGCGAAGAAUCACCGAACCCAAACCUCCCCGAGCUCCGCCGGAUCGUGCUCAUCGGAGACGGCAUUUCCAGCCAAACAGGUGUCAUUCAACUCACAGAUAUCAAAGGAACCACCGGCUCCCCCAAAGCUGCCAUGUUAACGCACACAAACCUGCUCAACAACGCCCGCUUCGUCGGCCAAGGCCUAGCCCUCAGCCCCCAGGAUAAAGUCCUCAGCCCACCGCCUCUAUUCCACUGCUUCGGCCUAGUCCUCGGCUUCCUGUCCUCCUUCAUCCACGGCAGCACCAUCAUCCUCCCCUCCCCGAGCCUUUCCGCCACUAGCUGCGUGGAUGCACUUCUCACGGAACACGCCACGGUGAUUCUCGGCGUGCCAACCAUGUACCUCGCCCUCCUCGACAUCCUCGCCCAAACUGGCACCCAGCCAUUAUCCCUACGAGCCGCCCUCGCCUCCGGCUCCCCCGUCUCCCCAACGCUCAUGGCCCGCCUCCGGACAGAGAUGGGGAUCCCGAAUGUGCUGAUCGCGUACGGGAUGACCGAGACCAGCCCGGUGACAUUUAUGACGCGUCUGAGCGAUGAUGCGGAGAAAGGGAUCACUACAGUUGGGCGGGUGCUGCCGCAUACGUGGGCGAAGGUGGUGGAUCGGGAGGGAGCCGUGGUUGCGCGCGGGGUGCGGGGGGAGCUUUGUACGGCGGGGUUUGCAGUGCAGAGGGGAUAUUGGCGCAACGUCCAGAAGACAGCGGAGGUGAUGCGGAGGGAUGAGGCGGGAGUGCUGUGGAUGUUGACGGGGGAUGAGGUGGUGAUGGAUGCGGAGGGGUUUGUGGCGGUGACGGGACGGAUUAAGAAUUUGAUUAUUCGGGGAGGGGAGAAUAUCUUCCCCCGCGAGAUCGAGGACCGGUUGACGGCGCAUCCCGCGAUCAGUGAGGCCAGUGUGGUCGGGAUCCAGAACGAGCGGUACGGGGAAGUGGUGGGGGCGUUUCUGAAGGCCCGGGAGAAAGUCAGUCACGAUGAGCUCCGGCACUGGGUCAGUCAGACGCUGGGGCGGCAUAAGGCACCCCAACAUAUUUUCUGGAUUGGCGAUGCCGGCGUCGGCGCGGAUUUCCCCAAGACCGGCAGCGGGAAACAUCAGAAACAUCUCCUGCGUGAGUUGGGCAAUCGCUUGGUGCGCGAAAGGGAGCGGAAUCGGGCGAGAUUGUAGUUGUUCAGAUAGUUGCAUCACCUUCUUUCUCACCCCAACAGCC